AUGGCCGAACCGUCACCGGCCGACCAGCCGCCGCCUCCACCUCCACCUCCGCAUCCCCCAGGGCAGCAGCAACAGCAGCCUCCACAGUCGCAGUCGCAGGCGGCCAAGCGGACCAAGACACGGCUCGCUUGCCAGGAGUGCCGCGACCGCAAGGUGCGCUGCGACGGGGUCCGCCCGGUGUGCAACUCGUGCAAGCGCAAGGGGCUGGGCCCGGAGCACUGCAUCUAUGUCGAUCUCAAUGCCGACGUGCGCCCGGAGUACGUCAAGUCCCUCGAGGGCCGCAUCCGAGAGCUCGAGCAGAACCUGCUCAAGCAGGAGGAGGGCCGGCUGUCGUCGCCGCUGCCGACGCCUGUCCUGGCCGACCAGCCUGCCGCCACCCGCCCGAGCUAUUUCGCCGGCUCGCCCGGUGUGCCAGGCAAACUCGACCUUGCCAGUCCCAACCAUGCCAUUGGCGACGAGCCUCCCAUCCACGGCAUCAAGCGAAAACGCGUAGAAAGCAUGGAUCCCAUGCUGCACCGCGGCUACCCUCCCGAGCACUUCCAACACCCUGCCCAGCCUCUGCCACCACCUCCGCCUCAACAAGGCGCUCCGACACCAGCAGGAGGACCGCCCACAUGGCAGUCUCUUGAAAGUCAACCCAGUCAGCAGCGGCGCAGUAACUCGUUCCGCGGCACCCCUCCCAGCGCCAACAAUACGCGGUUCAGACUCCGGCCUGGCAGCCGCGGUGGUGACGCCGACGAUGACUCCGCGACACAGUCUGCAAGCGUGAUGGGCGCCGCGGAUGGCGAACCGGGCGAUACCAAUGUCUUCCUCGGGCCGUCGAGCGCGGCAGCUUUCAUGAAAGAGGUCCGGUCCUCGCGAAAACGAACCUCUGAUCAUCCCGGCGACGAUGCGGCAAGCUCGACGGGGUCGCGGGUGUCCCGGAUGCGGACCAAGGCCGAACAUGAAGACCUUUUAAAGGUGAUGGAUGAGCUCGUGCUCCCGCCGAAGCGUGUUGCCGACGCUCACAUCUCCAAGUACUGGGAGUAUAAUCAUACCUUGUAUCCGAUCAUGCACAGACCGAGCUUUAUGAAGAGGUAUCGAGAUAUGUGGCACGAUGACAACGCCGCGGCUCAUCACGACUCAGCACACGCGACAGAGACAGCGCACACCCUCCGUGCCUUUCACGCCGUCUUUAACAUUAUGCUUGCCUUGGGCUGCACAUUUGCAUCACCCACCGGCAUCACGCCAGCCUCACGCAAGAACGCCGAAGUGUUCUUCAAGCGGGCGCAGAAGCUCAUCAAUAAAGCUGACCUCGAGCAUGGGACCCUCGACCUGGUGCAGGCCAUGGUCCUCACGGCGCAGUAUCUCCAGGGGACAGGCUCGGUCAACCGCUGUUGGAUCACCGUGGGGAUGGCCAUUCGUGUUGCUCAGGGCAUGGGCAUUCAGCUCGACUUGCCCUCAGAGAGCCAGGCUGAGCAGCAGCAGCGGAGGAGAACGUGGUGGUGCUGCGUGCAGCUGGAUAGAGUAUUCAGCAUGACCUUUGGCCGACCGCCAAUGAUUGUGUGGCCGACGGUUGUUCCCAUGCCCGAACCAGUCGAGGAUGAUGUUCUCUCGCUCGAGCCGGGAAGCUCGGUGCAACCUAUUGCGCCACAAGCCGUAUCAAUCACUGCAUUCUUUGUGCAGGCGCUGCUAUUGACGAAGAUCCUGAUGGAGGUGUUAAGGCAAAUGUACUCGCCCACUGCCGAAAGUAGAUCUAGAGAACGUGGAGCUUUCCCUACAACGGAUUGUACCCUGGUGCUUGAGAUUGAUGAGCAGAUGGGGUCGUGGCGAGCUGGACUGCCGGAAUAUCUCGUGUAUGGAGGGAACAUGGACACCGUGAAACGCGAGUUCAUCUUCCAGCGCCAGGCGACGACAUUGUAUUGUCGCUACCUUCAUCUCCGGAUACUCCUAUUCAGACCUACCACCGUCAUCCUCGCCAAGAGCACAGUCUUCGACCCAGCACGCAAUGCCGAAUUCUCAGCCUUUCAACGGAUGACUGCUCGAGCCUGUGUGAGUGCCUGUGUUCUCGCUGCCCAGGAACUCAUCCGGAUCCUCUGGACGGAGACGAACUCGGGCCGGCUUGGACCUUGGUGGUACUCUGUAUUCUACUUGUACACUGCAGGAACCGUGGUCUUGUCCAUGUUCAUGGCGCCAGAGAUCCAGGCGGCCCCCCUUGAGCUCCUAGAUUCACUGGAGAACUCCUGGAACCAGUGCAUCGAGGCUCUGCGCUACUACGCCGACUCCGAUAGUGCCUUCGCCAAGCGUUGUCUCUGGACUCUGCAGACGGCCCACGUCCAGGGCAUGUCGGAGAUGAACAGUCAGCACACCAUCGAGGACCAGAUAGCCGGCGGCAAUGCUGGUGGCGCGCCCCGAGUUGAUGCCAAUGGGCCGGCGAGGAUGCUGGGCCCCGAUGAGGCAGUUCCUAAUCCCAACGACCCAUACGGCUUCCAUGACCCGGCGAUCACGAAUCUCGGAGAGGGCGUGUUGAUGGACCCGUGGUGGCCAGCCGGCAAUUUGGAUUGGUUGGGCAGCAUCCCUAGCGAGAUGGAUGCGCCAGGGGAUCUUUACGAUACCCGGGAUCCGCGCAUGCCUUGA